AUGGACAAGUCUUCCCAGAACAAUCUAUACGCUGGAUUAUUAAUUUAUCGGUUGCAGAGAAACGUUGAAUAUCUAUUAUUAAACGACUCGUUUACAAACAAAAAACACUGGUUCUGUCCCAAAGGGCAAGUGAUUGGUCAAGAAGACGAAGUCAAAUGUGCUUUGCGUGAAACGUUUGAAGCAACUGGCUUGAGCCCCAAGGAUCUUCGCGUGGAAGAAGGUUUUAAAAUUGAACUCAAAUACCUUUCUGGUACUCGUCCCAAGAAAGUCGUUUAUCGUUUGGCUCAGAUACUGGACAACCAUGCUCGUUUGCUCCCUAAUGCAGACGGCGUGCAUUUUCAAUGGUGUAACCAAACUGUUGCCACCGAAAAAGUAAUUUUCAAGAGCAUGGAGGAUGUCUUCAAGUACGCCCAACAGUUCAUCGAAAACAAGUUGAAGGCGCGUCAGCAUAAUCGUCGCAAUAGGGAGAACAAUGCUGGGGACUCGAUGGAUCAUCGUCAGCGAAAUCAUCAUCAUAGCCACCACCGUCAGCAGCAGCAGCAGCAGCACGGGCCUGCAGCGAUGCGUAACGGGUCCUCUCCUCAAGUGAAUGGUAUGGUGACGCACCAUCAAAAUCACCAUCAUUCGCAACAACAGUCGUCUCCCUCUUCACAACAUCAUCAACAGCAACAGCAGCGACGUCAAAACCAGCAGAACGAAUCUGCUGCAGCCAUGAACCCGUUGUACAAGACGCGACUUUGUGAGCGUUUUGAAAAGGAAGGGACGUGCUCGUACGGAUCCAAGUGCACCUUUGCCCAUGGUAUUGCUGAAUUGCGAGAGCGUGCCCCAGAGGAGGAACAGCAACAGCAUCAUAACGGUGGCAUCAGCAGCAAUGGCAAUAGCCAGAACGUUUCAUCUUUAUCGCCAUCGCCUGGUAAUGCGUCUGCGUCUGCUGGUACGACCGCUGCUUCUGUUGGCUCAACCAAACCAGCAGCAUCAUCAUCCUCAAAUGCCGAGAGCAACCCUUUGUACAAGACCAAAUUGUGCGACCGGUUUAUGAAGGACAACUUUUGCCAGUAUGGGCCAAAAUGCCACUUUGCGCACGGUUCACAAGAGUUGAAGGAAAGACCCGUGUUCAAUAAUAACAAUAACAAUAGCAAUAGCGAGAAUGUUACAAAUUCUACUACGACCAAUAAGAGCAUUGAAAAGCUUGGGGUCACAGAAGAACGUAAUUCCAACAACUCGCCGUUGCAAGAAGUCAUGAACGGUAGAAUUAGCCCAACCAACAAAUCCUGGAUGAAGGUGGUCCACUUGUCAAAGGAAGAACAAGCAAAGCUUGAAAUGUCGCCUCCUGCCAAAACACCUUCGCCAACACCUGCCAAAGCAGCUCAGGAGGAAGCCAUUAUUGGUGACUUGAAAAGGUUCUUUGCCGAGCACAGCGCUAGUCAGGCAACCAGCAACGGCAAGCUUACAGAUGACGUAAAGGAAGUGACCAAGCUGGAGAUGCGCAACGACUUGUCGAAGCGCCAAUUGUUAUAUAUCCUUUUGGCUAGUUUGCUUGAAGAUAGUCCUGCAGCUGUCGGUGCAACACUCAAGACACGUAUCUCGCUUUUCAAAACGUUUGUGAAAACAAUGACGGACCAACGCACGUUGCUGAAGGCCUGGGAGAAAUUUGUGACGAACCGUAGCCCUGCUUUGUUAUCAAAGACCGUCAUGGCAUUCUCGACAUGGUAUGAUUGCGAUCUUGUGGAUGAAGAGGCCUUCCUUAUCUGGUACGAUGUACUACCGGAUGGUAGCGACCUGAAGAUCAAGAGCACCAAGUUCAUCGAAUGGCUAAGCACUGCGGAUGAAGACGAUGAUGAAUAG